CCAAUCGAUAGUCUUCAAAGGUUUCCUGCAAAUAUACAAGUGAUGGUGGAUGCUGAGGUUCGUCAGCUGCAACAAAAGUUUAAGCAGUUUGCGACACUGAGUGUCUUCCUUUUGCUCAGGAAUGACGAGAAGCCACUAGAGUUUACCAAGAUCGCAAACACCUUUGGCCGCAGUGGUGCAGGCCUGACGCAGAGCGACUUGGCGAUAUUUUGCGGGAUCUUGGGAAAGGACAGGCUGAAUGUAUUCUGGGAAAUAGGCGAGGGCUCGCCAUACCUAUGCUACACCUUGCAUGCCAGCAAGCCUGCGGCAUCUGCAGCACGCGCGUCUAAGCGCCGCCGCACUACUACACAGAAAACGCAGAGUCCUGCCGUGCUAGUUACCCAGCUCAUCGAAGAUUUCGAUGCAGCACUCUCGCGCAUUCAACUGGAGCAAGGCUUGGCGGCAAUCACAGAGUUUGCCGGCAGCAGCUUGCCACCGAUGCCGCAGCAAUUGGGUACCAUUGGAGACGAAUCCCUGGCGAUUCCGGAUUUGAUGGCUCGACUGGCAGGCCUCGAUUUUUACAGCGGGCAGAUUAUCUCCGGCGCAGGAAGAGUUGUGCCGGCUGCCGCUGCGCAGUAUGGUGAACUGGAGAUGCGUGUGGACCCGCAGAUACUGGCAGCUUUCCGGAGGAUACGAGGCGUGACGCAGCUGUACUCACACCAGGCCCAAGCCAUCGAUGCUGCCCUCCGAGGUGAAGAUGUGGUGGUUUCAACGGCGACGGCUAGCGGCAAGUCGGUCAUAUACCAGAUGCCGAUUCUUCAGGCACUGGUUGAUAGCCCACAAAGCAAGGCACUGCUUAUCUUUCCGACUAAGGCACUGGCGCAGGAUCAGCUCGGCUCGUUUCAGCAACUUGCACGCAGCGUUCCGGGGCUGGAGAGCAUAGUAGUUGAGACGUUUGAUGGAGACACUCUAGGCGGGAAAUCCGGCGAGCGGCAGCGGAUUCGGGAUACAGCGUCGGUAGUCCUGACUAACCCUGACACGCUGCAUGUGGCGAUGCUGCAGAACAAGAAGCUCUGGGCACGGAUUUUUGACAAUUUGAAGUACGUGGUUAUCGAUGAGCUGCACGUGUACCACGGACAGUUUGGACAGAACGUGUCUUGCAUAAUGGCUCGCCUAGCAAGGAUAUGCGAGAAAGCCGCGUUUCAGUUCAUCUGCUGCAGUGCGACGACGAGCAAUCCGGGCGAGCUAGCUCAGCAGAUUACGCAUCUCGACACUGACGGAUCGCCCCGUGCCAACAUGCACAUGGUUCUAUGGGACUCGACUGCAGCCAGGAGGCAGCCAAAGCAGGCCAGUGAUCUGGUCAGGAUUGCAGCAGUUUUGCUUCAGAACGGGACGCGGACCAUUGUUUUCUGCAAGUUCCGCCAGGUAUGUGAGCUAGUAUCCCGUGAGAUCGUUGAUUAUCUGGAGGCAUCGCCUGGCCUGCAGCCCCUACGCAGAUUUGUCGCGAGUUAUCGCGCCGGAUACACGCUGGAGCAGCGGCGACAGAUUGAGCAGGACAUGUUUUCAGGAGCGACCCGGCUGAUCAUAGCGACCAGCGCUCUGGAGCUGGGCAUUGACGUUGGUGUCCUUGAUGCAGUGGUGAUGGUCGGAGUUCCAGCCAACAGGGUCAAUUUGUGGCAGCAGGCAGGACGCGCCGGCCGACGCGGCAGAGCAUCGCUAACCAUGGUCAUGGCCACAGGGAACCUGAUUGACCGCCAGGUAGUCAAGCACCCGGAGGAUCUGUUUGUCCGAGAGUUCUCGUCGAUGCAGAUUUCCAGCGAGAAGUCGGUUGCACUAGGGCACUUGCAAUGCGCGGCGUUUGAGCAGGCUAUCGAUCUGGCGUCGCCAAUCGACAGGGAUCUAGUCGAGAAUAUGCAGCUAGCUGCCGAUGAUCUGGCUGGCAACCUGGUCUGGGACUCGGUGACUCAGCAGUGGGUUGCAUCCAUGGCGUUCAAGCCGUGGCCUGCGGAGAAGGUGCCGAUCCGAUCAGUCCAGCAGUGCGAAUGGCAGGUGAUUGAAACGCACGGAACAUCCGGACCUACGCUGCUCGAGGAGCUAGACGGAAUCCACGCGGUGUUCACGCUCUAUGAGGGCGGAAUCCUGCUGCACCGGGCUCGGACAUACGAGAUUGACAAGGUCGAUGCCGGGUCACGGGUCGCGCUAGUCCACUAUGCCGACGUGUCGUGGUACACGACUGCACGCGACUACCUCGAUGUUGUUCCCGGCAGCAUCCGCAAGUCAUCGGAGCACGGGGUGGUCAGUUACGGGGAUGUGGAGGUCCGGGUUACAGUGUUCGGCUACAGGCGGAUCGAUCAGCGGAGCAGGCGGGUACUGGAGCUGGUCGAGCGGCAGUCGCCGGUGCUGACCUCGCAGUCGCUGGGCAUCUGGAUCACCGUCCCGCAAUCAGCGGCCAGAAGGGUUGCUGGGGCUGGCCUGGAUGUUGAAGCCAGCGUCCAUGGUGCCCAGCAUUCCCUAAUGGCAGCGCUGGCCCGGAUCGUGGGGUGUCUUGUGCAGGACCUGAGAACCGAAUGCAAGAGCCCACUAGCAGCCCGAUCCAAGGCCGCGCGGCUGAUUAUCUACGAGAAGGUUCCGUUUUCCGCCGGACCCACAUCCCGUGCGGUUGAAAGGAGCCAAGAGAUCAUCGGGCUUGCACAUCAACGGGUGCUCGACUGCGAAUGCGAGAAGGGAUGCGCGUCGUGCGUGUACCUGGGGUCUGGCUGUAGCGAGCACAACCAGUGCGUUGACAAGGCGGGCGCGCUGCUCAUUCUCGCUACCCUGCUCUAG